AUGUCAAAAUUUAGUUUCUCUUCAGCUGUAGCUACUCUCCAGGAACUGAGAAAAACAGGGGAACGAAAAUCUGAUCUGGUAGUUUCACUUGGUGAAAUAAUUAUAGAAAGUGUCUGGUCUGUGUACGAACAGAUUUUUAUAGCGGCUCUCGAUCUUAAGAAUGAUAAAUUGGCAAAAAUAUGCCUCGAUAACCUAGAAAAACGGUUUGCAAAUUCACCACGCGUAAAAAUCUUGGAAGGGAUGAAAUUGGAAGCGGAGGGUAAAUUAGAUGACGCGUCGACAAUUUAUAAAAAUAUUCUGGAAGCGGAUGAAUCCAAUGUGGCACAGGGAUUUCUUGCAUUGGACCGGGCAGCUGGAAAACGAGUAAUUGCCACCUUUAAAGCAAAAGGACAAAUAUCAGAGGCAAUUGAAGCUUUAUCAAAAUACCUUGAUGUAUAUUGUAAUGAUACAGAAGCAUGGUUAGAAUUGUCCGCCUUAUAUUUAGAACAGCAUUUAUAUCAACAAGCGAGAUUUUGUCUCGAAGAAGUAAUUCUACUACAACCGCAAAAUCACCUUUCUCAUCUUAAAUACGCAGAGAUCUUGUACACGAGCGAUAAUAUCCCGCUAGCACUUCGUGAAUAUUGUCGUGUGGUGGAAUUAUGUGACGAUUAUUUGCGGGCAUUAUAUGGAAUAAAAUUGUGCACUGAACACCUUCUAAGUUUGGAAAAUACAUCCAGCUCCUCUUCUAAGUCGCAAGUGUCAACAAGUUUAUAUGACGCGAAAAUCCUUUCCGAAUUGAAGCUUUUGGCAACUGAACGAAUUCUAAAUACUUAUAGCAGAAAAUCUCGUGAUACUGCCACUGACAAAAGUAAUGAAUUUAAAAAAUAUAUAGUUGAAUGGUUACAAGCUGCAUAG